AUGCUUCAAAAACUUCCAAAGAAGUGCAUAGGUUAUCCUGGCGGGUGGCAACAGUUGGUGACCUUUCAACCUAACCUCCCGCCAAAAACUAAAAAGUUGAACCCACGUCAUUAUUAG